CUUCCGCCCUCUCCGGCCCGUGAACGGAGCAAAGUACACGUUUUUGGAGUAGCGAUUAUGUCGGUUCAGCGUUCACGCGUGUGCAUAUAUUUCAUAUAAUUUGUACUCGAUUCGAUAGCAGUUUAUACACAUACUAUACGUAUUUUUUACACAUAAAUAAACCUGUAAUAACUUUUAAUUAAUAAAAUUUACAAUGGCGAAAAACCACGCUGCCGUAGAAAUUACUUCCGAACGCAAUGUUAACAAUAAAAGCAAGUCGUAUAUCAAUUGGGAUGAAUAUUUUAUGGCAAUAGCCUUUUUAUCUGCAAAACGCAGUAAGGAUCCUUGUACGAAAGUGGGUGCAUGCAUAGUGAACAAUGAAAAAAAAAUUGUUGGUAUUGGCUAUAAUGGAAUGCCUACUGGUUGCGACGAUGACGAAUUUCCUUGGACAAAGGACAGUUCUAAUCCCUUAGAAACGAAGUAUUUUUAUGUAUGUCACGCAGAAAUGAAUGCUAUUUUGAAUAAGAAUUCCAGUGAUGUUAAAAACUGCACUAUAUAUGUCGCCCUUUUUCCAUGUAACGAAUGUGCCAAAGUAAUAAUACAAUCUGGUAUAAAGACAGUUAUGUACAUGUCAGACAAAUAUGCACAUAAAGUUGAAAUUAUAGCUGCAAAGAAAAUGUUUGAUGCAGCUGGUGUUGAAUAUAGACAAUACAUUCCGAAAAACCAAAAAAUUGUGAUCGAUUUCACCGAUAUUAAUUGGAACGAAAUGACUCAAUAGCCAUCCACACCGAUAAAAAAAUAAUAUACGAACGUGGUUGUAAUAAAAAAUAACGUUGAAACUUUCAAGUAUUAUUAAUCGUUCGGUAACACAUGAGAAAUACGGUUCAUGUUAUUGUGGGAUACUCGCGUGCUCGAAGGACCAGUUACUAUUAUUUACAUAUAAAAUUUAGUCGGGGAGUAGGUACAAAUGGAAAUGAAAAAUACCUCGUCGUAUUUGAAAUUUUUACAGAUCCAGUUAUCAUCACCUUUAAUAUUAAUGACACGAGGUUAUAGAAAAUAAAUAAAAUAAUGUACAGAAGGCGAAAGAGUUUAGUAAUAAUACAAAGAUACUACGAAGUAUUUAAUAUUGUCCGCAACUGUGUUGCAAACUAUUUACUGUACAAGUGUAAACACUGAUACAAUAAAGUAUGGCAUAAUAGAAAUAUGUAACAGUAUUUAUCAUUUUUUUUUUUUUUCGGAACGACUGAAGGAAGGGCGAUUGUUGAUACGUGAUAUAAUAUUUUCUUGUUGACUCGUUAUUAAUAUAACAACAAAGAGAAAUUGA